AUGAGGGUUUUGGAAUUGUAUUCCGGUAUUGGUGGUAUGCGCGCCGCCCUUGAGCUUUCUGGUCUGCCUUUUGAAAUAACUAGGGCUUUGGAUGUUAAUGACUUGGCUAAUUCCGUGUACAAUAGUGCAUAUAAUUGUUCAGAUGCCUCAAACCGAGCACUAGAAAGUUUAUCUGAAGAAGAGUGCCUUCUUUUCGGUGCUGAUCUGUGGACUAUGAGUCCACCUUGUCAACCUUUUACAAGAACGGGCAACCAGAAACGAGGUAAAGAUACCAGAUGCUCCUCCUUACUAAUUAUCAUCCAGUUGAUACGGCGAAUUAAACCGCCUGCAGUAAUACUGGAAAAUGUAAAAGGCUUUGAAGGGUCGGAUGCGUGGCGCAUUAUCCUAGAGGCACUUAUUGCGUGUGACUAUGACGUACGAUUUCUACUAACACCGCUUCAAUUUGGUAUUCCGAAUUGUCGAUUGCGAUACUACCUCGUCGCGCGGCUUCGAACGCAUAGUAAACAACGCAUGUUCAGUUUUGGGACCAGUGUUGACGAUCUGAAGGGGUCUUUCGAGGAACUCGCUUCUGCUGUUAUACGUACACCCCCAUGCGACGUGUCACCAAUGCCUAAUUGUGAAUGUGUUGUAUGCACAAACAAGGUUGGUGGCAUAGCAUCAACUGAGAAUCAUUUCUUGGAGUACAUCCCUUUCUGCCGCCCAAUUGCGGAUUACCUGCUUCCCGAGUGCGAAAUCCCAGAAAACUUGUUUUUGGGUCAAAAUGAAUUGGAGAAGUACUACACUAUCCUGGACAUUGUUACCCCAGAGAACCGAAAAAGCGCCUGCUUCACCAAGGGCUACGCACAACGAUUUGAGGGAACGGGUUCCUUUUUGGAAGUACCUCAGCAAUUCGACGUCUUUUCCCAAGAUAAGAGCAUUCCACUCGAAGGAGAUAGCCAGGUUACUCUGUUUCCCCGAGUAUUUCGAUUUCCCGGCGACUGUGAGCGAAAAGCAAAGGAGACGGCUUCUUGGAAAUAG